GAGGUACCGGGAGGUUCCAGAGGAGGUUCCCAGUCAGCUCCCAGUUGGUAGUCAGUAGCUGACAUGGCUCUACCACCGAAGUCGCUCUACGCUGCGCUCCUGAUCAUCGCUCUCUCUCACUCCACUGUUGCACAGUUCAAGUGCCCAGACAAGAAGUACGGCCAGUACGAAGACACUGUACAAUGCGACAAAUACUACGAGUGUGAUGAAGGAGUUGCGACUCAGAAACUGUGUCCUGACGGUCUAGUCUUUGAUCCUACGAACAGAAAGAUCAACAAGUGUGAUCAACCUUUCAAUGUAGACUGUGGAGAUCGCCUGGAACUACAGGACCCCCAGGGUACCCAUUUGUGCCCCCGAAGAAACGGGUACUUCGCCCACCCUGACGAGACAGUCUGCAAUAUAUUCUACAACUGUAUAGAGGGAGAGAGCACAGAGAUUACCUGUCCUUCAGGACUUCACUUUGAUGAAUACUCUGGCACUUGUGUGUGGCCUGCAUCUGCUGGGAGACAAAACUGUGGAGAAGCAGACACAAUGAAGCUGAAGGAUGGGUUCUCGUGCCCCAAGGAGGGUCAAGCUUCAGGCCACGGACAAGCUGUGGCACACCCUGUAUAUGCACAUCCUGAGGACUGCCAGAAGUUCUACGUGUGCCUCAACGGUAUCACCCCCCGGGAACAAGGGUGUUCUCUGGGUGAGGUCUACAAUGAGGAAACCCAGAGGUGUGACGCCCCAGAGAACGUCCCUGGAUGCGAAGACUGGUUCAAGGACAACCCGGAGGUGAUUGCCCAGAAGGCGGCGAAGGAGGCGGCAGCGGCGGCCAAGCAGAAUAGGAAGAACAACAACAACAACAGAUCGUAGAAGACGAAGUGGAAGAAAGUAGAAGACAUGGAACCGCUGAAGAGGAGAAGACUUCUGUGAUUUUUAGAACAGACGAUAGCGUAUUAAGAAUUUGUGUUUAUCAUGAGUUGUUUGUUGUAAGGUAUAUCGUACUUGGAUUUGCUCAAGUUUACAAACAUUGAAGAGCAAUAUUUUAUAAAACAUUCCACCUAAUUAAAGUAUAUUUCUUUUACUUUUCCGCUAUCAGAAAUUUGAAUUAUUUCAAUCCGUCUCAUACAUAUGCUUUUGUGCUCGAAAGAUAUCUUGUUGUAGGUAAUACAUUUGUAAUAAAAUUAUAUUGAAAAAAUACAUGUGAUUAAAAAUGUUAUCAAGUAAAACCACCAUCUUUGGUCAUACUUGUUGCCUAAAAUGUAAAAUAAAGAUUGUUUUUUA